CUAUAAAUGUUUAUAUGCGCAGUGAAGAGACGACGCCUUCGAGAUCUUCACGAAAGGAGCAGAAAUGGCGGUCCCGUUGCUAACGAAGAAGGUGGUGAAGAAGAGGUCUGCCAAAUUCAUCAGACCCCAGAGUGAUCGCAGAAUCACCGUCAAGGAAAGCUGGAGGAGGCCAAAGGGUAUUGAUUCCAGGGUGAGAAGGAAGUUCAAAGGUGUGACUUUGAUGCCCAAUGUUGGUUACGGAUCUGACAAGAAGACACGUCACUAUCUCCCCAACGGAUUCAAGAAGUUUGUUGUUCACAACUCUGCUGAUCUUGAGUUACUCAUGAUGCACAACAGGACAUACUGUGCAGAGAUUGCUCACAAUGUAUCAACAAAGAAGAGGAAAGCCAUUGUGGAGAGAUCUUCCCAGCUUGACAUCGUUGUUACCAACAGGCUUGCUAGGUUGCGUAGCCAGGAAGACGAGUGAAAAACCCUAUCUUGUUACUUUUAUUUGUCAUUAUUGGCAAUUUUUCAGUUGCUCGUAACUUAUUUUUGCGGAUUAAAGAGUUAAGACUGAAUGUUUUUAUGGGUUUCUCUUUUCAAUAUAUGACCACCAGUUCACAAUC